AUGAGCUCGCCUUCUCAUAUCAACGUACCCAUGAUGCUUGUCCAACACUCUCCACUUCUAAAGCUUCCCUCGGAACUGCGUCUUGAGGUCUACGAUUUCCUAGGCCGCCUUGAGCCCAAAAGCUACCCCUUCGGAUGGACCGCAAUCCGUUGCAUUGAUCGAAGAGCCCCUCCUACAGCACUCAUAGCCACAUGUCGCUGUCUUCAUGACGAGAUUCUCACCCACUUCUACAAUACCGUCACCUUCCAUUAUCUUACGCCAACCAUUAAUCAUCCUCCCAUUAGCGGCCUUCCCCAGAUUGCACUCACUGCAGUCAGGCAGGUCAAGAAGUUUCACUUGGGAAUUCACUGGAAAAUGUCAGGAUCGUCCUUGAAAAAGAAGAAUAGCGAACACUCCUAUGUCGUAUUUCGCUGGCUUGAGGACAUAACUAAGAUGCUGCUCAGAGAGGCAAAGAACCUCGAGACGGUUACCAUCGCAGUGUUUGACUUGCCCGUUGGUGUAGAUUGGGAGUGCAAGAAGAGUCUCUUGGAUCCGUUGAAGAUAUUGGGUCAGCGAGCAGUGCUGCGCUUGGGGGAGAUUACAACGACGGGCGAAGAAGAGGAGGUCGAGUUGACAGCACGAAUGAAGUCGUAUCUGGAUGGGAUUAACAAGGAUCGGCUGCACACAAGCGACGUGACUGCUCUUGAUGAACAAUAA